GUCCARUCCAGAUGUGUUUGAAUCCCGUAUGGAAAAAAGAAAUGAAGUGAAAAAGCAGCCUGUGGGACAUUCCAAACAAGGGGAGUUUAUCAGAUGCAUGGAGGAAAAGGCAGGUUUGGGCACCAAAACAUCAAAGGGAGGAUUCACAAAGGACAAGACACUUGAUUCGAUUCUUAAUGUUGAGAUGGUGAAAGAAAAAUCAGCRGAGGAGAUAACACAGAUUUGGAAUCAGUAUUUUUCUGCAAAAGACACGGUUUAUGCUGUUAUUCCUGCAGACAAGUUUGAUUUGAUCUGGARGAGAGCCCAGAAUUGUCCAUCGUUUCUGUAUGCUUUGCCAAGAAAAGAAGGCUAUGAGUUCUUUGUGGGCCAGUGGUCUGGAACAGAAUUACAUUUCACUUCCCUGAUAAAUGUUCAGACCCAAGGUGAAACUGCACCAAGCCAGUUGGUCUUGUACCAUUAUCCUGAUCUGCAGAAGGAGAAAGGGAUAGUACUAAUGACAGCAGAAAUGGACUCCAAGUUCUUGGUGGUCCAUGAUGCCCAGUGCUUGGCCAACCAGGUGCAGCUGUUCUAUGCCACGGAUCGCUCCGAGACCUACGGAUUAGUGGAGACSUUCAACCACAGAUCCAGUGAAUUUAAAUACAUGUCAGUUAUAGCAGAGCUUGAGCAAAGCGGGCUUGGAAGAGAACUGAGAUCUGGGCAGGUAUCUGACAAGUCAUAGAGCCUGGCCUGUGGUGAAAGGAGCCAGCAGAGGCAGGGGGUCCUAGGAGGGGUGCUCCUGUGUCUUCUGUUUCACAGCUUGGAUUUGGCUACAGAAAGUCUGGAGACAUCCUGGGAGUAUGAUAAUCAUGCCCGUCUGGCACUGUAAGAUGCAAGAUGAGGACUUGGGCCAUUUGAACAACARUAACUAAUUGCCAAAAAAAUGGAGCCCAGUACUUCAGUGUAACUUCAYCAGAAAGAGCCAUUUUCCCUGUCCUCUAACUUCCUGCUGGAGUGUUGAAAUCUGAAAUAAAGUGACAGGAGGGGAACUAUGUAACGGGCUGUACUGACAUCAGGAGAGAGAUGACAACUGAUGUUUCUUCUCACUAAAUGCAUUUUAAAUGCCCUCCACCAUUAUAAUUGCAUGGUUCAGUACUUUUUAAUCUGUGUGGAAUUCAUACAGGCUUGAGCAUCAAGAAGAAAGAAUAGGAGCAGUGGUCUAAAACAGACACCUCUUUGUUUCUUUGUGAGGUUUCUUACACAGAGGUAUACUGUGGUCURGGUUUUUCUCAGGAUUAAAAGAAGAGAGUCAC